AUGCAGACUACUCUGGAGACUCGCAAGACUCUCGAGACUCUCAAGGAUCUCAAGACUCUCAACACUCUCAAGACUCUCAAGACACACGAGACUCUCAAGGAUCUCAAGACUCUCAAGACUCUCAAGACACACAAGACUCACUCUCAAGACUCUCAACACUCUCAAGACUCUCAAGACUCUCAAGACACACAAGACUCUCAAGACUCUCAACACUCUCAAGACUCUCAAGACACACGAGACUCGCAAGACUCUCGAGACUCUCAAGGAUCUCAAGACUCUCAAGACUCAAGACACACAACUUGCAAGACUCAAGACUCUCAACACUCUCAAGACUCUCAACACUCUCAACACUCUCAAGACUCUCAAGACUCUCAAGACACGCAAGACUCUUAAGACUCUCAAGACUCUCAAGACUCGCAAGACUCUCAAGACUCUCAACACUCUCAAGACUCUCAAGACUCUCAAGACACACAAGACUCUCAACACUCUCAAGACUCUCAAGACACACAAGACUCUCAAGACUCGCAAGACUCUCAAGACACACGAGACUCGCAAGACUCUCGAGACUCUCAAGGAUCUCAAGACUCACAAGACUCUCGAGACUCUCGAGACUCUCAAGACUCUCAGGACUCUCAGCACUCUCAAGACUCUCAAGACUCUCGAGACUCUCGAGACUCUCAAGACUCUCAGGACUCUCAACACUCUCAAGACUCUCGAGACUCUCGAGACUCUCGAGACUCUCAAGACUCUCAAGACUCUCAACACUCUCAAGCCACUCAAGACACUCAAGACACUCAAGACACUCGAGACUCUCGAGACUCUCGAGACUCUCAAGGAUCUCAAGACUCUCAACACUCUCAAGACUCUCAAGACACACGAGACUCGCAAGACUCGCAAGACUCUCGAGACUCUCAAGGAUCUCAAGACUCUCAAGACUCUCAAGACACACAAGACUCGCAAGACUCUCAAGACUCUCAACACUCUCAACACUCUCAAGACUCUGAAGACUCGCAAGACUCUCAAGACUCUCAACACUCUCAAGACUCUCAAGACUCUCAAGACACACAAGACUCUCAAGACUCUUAAUGCUCUCAAGACUCUCAAGACUCUCGAGACUCGCAAGACUCUCGAGACUCUCAAGACUCUCAAGACACACGAGACUCACUCUCAAGACACACGAGACUCACACACAAGACUCACACACAAGACACACAAGACUCUCAAGACUCUCAAGACUCUCAACACUCUCAAGACUCUCAAGACACUCAAGAUUCGCAAGACUCUCGAGACUCUCAAGACUCUCAAGACUCUCAAGACACACGAGACUCGCAAGACUCUCGAGACUCUCAAGGAUCUCAAGACUCUCAACACUCUCAAGACUCACAAGACUCUCGAGACUCUCAAGACUCUCAAGAAUCUCAACACUCUCAAAACUCACAAGACUCUCGAGACUCAAGACUCUCAACACUCUCAAGCCACUCUCGACACCUAGACUCGCAAGACUCUCGAGACUCUCGAGACUCUCAAGACUCUCAGGACUCUCAACACUCUCAAGACUCAAGACUCUCGAGACUCUCAAGACUCUCAACACUCUCAACACUCUCAAGCCACUCUCAACACCUAGACUCGCAAGACUCUCAACACUCUCAAGACACUCGAGACUCGCAAGACACUCAAGACUCACAAGACUCGUAA